GUUGUAAACAACUGAAUUUUAACCAAGAAGAUCUCUCCUAAUUUUGAUGAAAUCUACAUAGGAAGACAUGUUCGAAUUAACUACCAGUAUGCAUGCGUUUGUAUUAUAUGCGUGUUUAGUGCCUGGCUGAGAUUUUAAUCCAGAAAUAAGUCGGUUGUCUAGUAAAUCAGGAUCAUGGGGGACCUACGUGACAUUGAUCGCAAGCUGAAAGAGCAUGGAGUGGUUUCUAGUGGCACAAUAGAACAGAAGCUCCAGCAUGUGUGGUCUCUUUACUUAGAGUCAGAGGUCAACCUUAAAGGUGCCUUAGACAACAUGGGUAUAUUGAGACUGAAGCAGGCUGAUGAGAUGAAAGAGGUGGAAAACUAUGUUGAACAUAUCAGGAGUCUCUCAGAAGAAAGGGAGACACUAACAGCAGAGUUUGAGGAGGAAAAUGAUCAACUAAAGGCAGAGGUCCAGUUACUUAAGGCAGACCUUGCAGGAGGUGGAACACAUGAUGAUAUCAAAGAGAUGCUCAGUCAACAGGGGUUGGAGCAGAUAGCUAGCUCAACAGUGACAGAACAGAUAGCGUACCUUUUGGUAGAGAGGGCUAAACUCAUGGAUGAUCUGGAGAAUGAGCAGAAUAGAAACACACAUUCAAGCAAUGAGAGCAGUUUAGACACUAAUGAGAUUAAAAAGUUGUUACAGCAAGAGAGGGUUGACUUUGAAGAGGAAAUCACUCAACAAAGGGAGAGUACACGUCUCGUCAAAGAGCAAAUGCAGGCUACACAUAAUCAAGAACUUGCUGUGAUUAGUGGAGAUAAUGAGAGGCUCAGUCGAGAAUUGAGCCGAUCUCUGAACAUGGUGAAGGACCUAGAGACAGCACUAGAGGAGUUACAGAAUGAUCAAGAUAGACAGAAAUCAGAAUAUGAUGUGGUCAUAUCAGAUCUACAACAACAACUGCAAGAUUCUCAGCAGCAAGAUCUAUCCAGUUCAUCUGAUACAAUUGAGAAACUGAAAUCAGAGAAAUCUAAAUUGAAUGUUGAAGUGAUGACCUUGAAGGGAAAGCUCAAGGUCAUUGAACAGGAGAAAAAAUGCUUAAGUGAUACGGUUCGGACUUUGACAUUUGACUUCCAAAAGCUCAAGGACACCAACAAAGGUCUGCAAGAACAAUUUGAUACUUCAUUUGUUAAACACAAUGGAGAGACAGAUGACCUCAAAAUAAAACUCCACUCAUUGGAGGCAAAGAAUCAAGAGAAUCUAGAGGGGAGACGCUCCCUAGAGAUGAAACUGGAGUUUGCAGAGAAGGAUAUAGCUGAACUAAAAGCCAGGGAAAUUGAAUAUAACAGUAAAAAUAAAAAGCAGAACAAGUUUGAGCAAGACCUUGAAUCCCAUUACAAGCAAGAGCUCAGUGAACUGCGAUCUCAGCACCAGUCUUCCCAAGUUGAUCUCAUCUCUCUAAGAGAGACACUAGACAGAGAGACCUCAAAUAAGACUCUUCUAGAAUCAAAGCUCCAUGCAAUAGAAUCAGACUUUAGAAUAGAGAAGCAAAAGUUCAACAGUUUAGAGACUGAAUAUAAGGACAAGAUUCAACAGCUGGAUGUGAUACAGUCAAAGAAUGCUGAUGAUUAUAAUAAUGCAAAAAGCACAUGGUCGGCUCUGGAAGAAGAUUACAAACAGCAAUUAGAGGAAGUUAGGUCUGAGUGUAAAACUAUAGCAGCGGCCCUUACCAAUGAAAGACUUGCCAAAAAACAUAACGAAGACCACACAAACCAAAUAACUACUUACACAGAUGAAAUUAAAGAGCUUAAGGGGUCUGUGGACUCCUUAGAAAAAGCAUUAAAAAGUGCAAAUGACUCAUUACAGGAACUAUGCAAUGAUAAAACUGACACUGAAAAAGAACUUGAAAAAGUGAUAGGUGAAAAUAGGGUGCUAGCCAAAGAAUUCAGUGAAAACAGUACACAAUUGGAUGAAUAUGCAGAUAGGAUUGAAAUGCUAGAAAAGGUGUCAGGCCAACUUGAGGCUGAUAAUACUGAAUUAGCCUCAAAACUCUCAGAAACUUUAGAACAGCUGGCUAAAACUGAAGAUGAAAUGCAUAAAGAAAGCCAAAAGUUAUUGGCAGCUCAAACCAACACAUUAGAGACAAAACUACAGGGUGCUACAGAAGAUCUGCAGAUUGCAGAAAAAGAAAUAUCACGGUUGAAGGAACAGCUACUUUCAAGUACUUCAAAGAGCAGCUUGCUACAGGAGGAAAUACAUACUGUAAAGGAGCUAAGUAGACUAAAGGAGGUAUCUCAGUCCCAGCAGGCUGACAGUAGGCUGCAGGUCCAGCUUCAAAAUGAGAUACAAACAAAGAAGGAAUAUGAAGAGAAAAAUAUUUUGCUUGAACAAGAACUUAGUAAGGUGUGGGCCCAGAUGAAAGACCUACUUGAAAAGAUCUCCCGUUUAGAGACUGACAACAACCAGCUGCAAUCUGAUAUUGCAAGGAAUAGUGGUGUGUCACCAGACAGGACGUCAUCCUUUAAUGCAAUACAGCGACGAGCAGAUUUAGCAGAGAAAAGAGUUUCUGAACUUCAGUUUGAACUUGAAGAUGCCAUGUCACGCCUGACUACAGCUGAGGCACAGCUACGUGAUGGGGCUCUCUUACGAUUAGACCUUCAAGCUAAGGUUGAUGAGUCACUCAGAUUGAAGAACAAACUAAAUGAAGAGAGGUUAAACAAGUCACUGGAGAUACAAACCUCUGAUGAGUUGAAGCUUCAGCUGGAGAGUUCUCGUAAGAAGGAGGCUGAACUACAAGAGAAAAUGCAUAAGCUGCAACAUGAUAUACUGGAUAAAGACUCUGAAAUAGCUACUGUUAAAGAAGACACAAAACAAAUCAAAGACAAGCAUCAGGUUGCUGAAAACAACAAGCAUUCACUGGUACAGAAGAUGCAUGAUUUCCAACAAGAGACAGAAACUUUACAAAUUGAAUUGUUAGCAAUGACGGAGAAAUAUGAAUUGCAAUUAAAACGAUAUGAAAUGAGAAAGGAAAAACAUAAAAGUCAACUACAAAAAGCAAGGGAACUGUUUAACAAAGAAAAAAGUAAAUUGAAUGCCAAGAUUGUCAGCUUGGAGCAGGAACUGUAUACCACCAAAGGGAGCUUUAACAAAGAACAUGAAUGGAAAGAAAAGAUGGAAGAUGAUUAUCGCAUACUUAUCACAGAGAAGCGAGAUCUUUUAGCCAAACAUGCUGAGGUAGAAGAGGCUUACAGAGAUCGACAACGACAGUUUAUGUUACUACAGAACAGGUCACAUUAUCUAGAGGAAGAAAAUCAAAAACUCAUGUCAAAAUUUGACACCCUUCAUAAACAGAAACUCAACAUUGAAAAAAAUCUUAAAGAAUUACGAUUUGAAAAACAAAAAGAGGAAAAUCAGAAAGAAGAGGCCUUACAGAAUGCUUUGAAGCCAACAUUCAACUCACAUUCCCAUAUGUCCAAUGCUCUGGGCCCAGGUUUAACAUCAACCUGGGAUCCCAAUGUAACAGACUCGGUGCUCACAACUGUUCACAUAGAGAACCCCCACCUUACAAUGAGUACAAUGAAUGGGUUUAGGAGUAAAUCUCUAGGAGGAAGUAGUCUUGAAUCUGUAGACUCUUGAUCAAGUCAAGGGCCUUAGUUGUUCAUA